CAGCUAUCAGCUUGUCGUGAGCGGCCUUUGUUGAGAUGCUUGACUUGGUCAUGAUGGCGGCCUGAACGCAAUUCUACGUCCAUCAAAACAUGUCUACCCUGUACCCGUGCCUGUACCUUUGCCUGGAAUGUCGGACUGCUCCGCCCCACUUGCCGCGACGUCACCCCGCGCACGCACCACUUUAUCACACACGACCCAGACAUUGGGCUUUGGCCUAAUCACACCCUUUCUCUUCACCGAUGGGUCUACAUUCAUCAUGUCCAAGUACAAAGACCUCGUGAAGGGUGGGUGGCAUCCAGAAAAAAGCCGUGGCACGGAGAAGAAGGGCAUCCGUGGUCAAGUGAGUGGGCUUGUCCGCGGUAACAAAGAUGAUCCCUCAACAAAGGCCCAAAACCAUGUGUCUGUGCCUAUAACGUCUCUCAAGGAUCCUUCGUCAUUUGCGCCGCCACCGAAGCGCACCGCCAACGGCGCGCUCCCUCCUCCUCCCCCACGCUCUACUGAGACCCGGCAAGUCGUCGCGGCGCCCAGCAAGUAUCAAGACCCAAGGGGACCACCUGUUCCACCACCGCCCAAGACCUCGGCGGAGCAGUCGCAGUUGGAAUACUAUCAGAAGUAUGGCAUCUCGCAGCAGGAAGAAUUGGAGCAGGAGGAAGAGGAGAAGCCCAGGGGCCCGUACAGGGCCAACACAACUGGGUUGAGUGUGGAUCACUUGCCGAAACCGCCGGGGAGGAGAGAUGGCGCUGAUGGAAGGGGACCGCCCGAGCUCGAAGCGAGCACCUCAGCCCGACAGUCCCCUUCACUGCCGGCGAGAGGUUCGCCAGCAUUGCCGUCGAGGCAGCCAGCCGCGAUCAUGCCCCCACCGAGCGCCAAGCCAAGCCUCCCACCCAGGCUCCCCGCGAGGACUAACUCGGCGGCGACAAACAGCAGUCAAGAGUCCGAGCCAUCCGGAGGCCUGCUCAACGAAGGCGCAGUGAACAGAUUGGGCGCUGCUGGGGUGAAUGUCCCUGGGUUGGGCAUCAGGGGCCAGCAGGCAUCACCAAGCCCACCUCCACCACCCAGGCAGAGUGCUGCGCCGGUCAACGAGCUACAGAACCGCUUCUCAAAGCUCAGGACUACACAAUCGCAAACCCAAGAUCCGCCAUCUGAGGGAACCACGUGGGCGCAGAAACAGCAGGCUCUCAACACGGCUUCGAAUUUCCAGAAGGAUCCCUCCAGUAUAUCAAUGUCGGACGCGAGGUCGGCCGCAGGCACGGCGAACAGCUUCCGGCAAAGACAUGGGGCCCAGAUUGCUUCGGGGGCCAAGACAGCAAACAGUCUGGACCAGAGAUUCGGAGUGUCGAGCAAGCUUGGUGGGUUUGCCAGAGGCCAACAGGCACAGCCAGAGGAAAGCGAGCCAGCGUCCGCGCCAGCACCCGCGCCGCAGCUGCUGCCGACGCGACCUAUCCAGUCCUCGCAUCAGGAGGCGCAGCCAGCUUUACUACCUAGUCAGCCUCUCAAAGCAGUAGCUGCCGCCAAGAAGAAGCCGCCGCCGCCUCCUCCGAAGAAGAAACCGGGUCUUGCAGCGCUGCCAGCUGCGACUCAAGUGGGCACUGAUGAGGAUCAGCCACCUCCGAUACCCAUGUCUACGCGACCGACAUUCUAAACUUGAAUUUAUUUUCACAUCACACGAGCGCGCAUCGAUUUGUUUGUAGAUCAAGGUGGGUUGGCUGGUUAUUCAUAUCUUCAUGUAGAUCCAGCAUCUUGACAAAGGGAAGAGGGUCAUUGAAUCAGCUCAUGCGCAGUUGUAUAGCUGUGCUUUUUCAUAUCACAUGCCAUAUCCAUCCACCAUCGUUUUCGUCAUCCCAGGCUCCAGUCCGAUCGCUUAGACCUUCAUCUCCUCAAGACCGUGCUUCCAGGCGAUGAUAUAGGGGGUGACACCGUCCUCACGGUAGUUGAGCAGAACGACCCUGUGUAGAACUCAAAGUCCUUGAAGUUGGGGAG